CGAGCACCAGUCGGAGACGCAGACAGGGUUGGAUGCUGAUUGCUGAUGCUGCCGGACGCGGUGCGAGAUGCACGGCAGGUCCAGCUGUCCUCCGCUGCGGAGCUCCUUCCCGGUGUUCGUUGGCUCACCUCAGUCGAGGCCGCUCUCCAUUCUUCCCCCGCCUCCUGCUCCUCCUCCCUCUGCAAUGUCUGUCUGCAUUCAUUACUGGAUGGUAGUAUAGAAUCAAGGCGCUGCCAAUAUUGUCCUCGCCAAGCAUUUACCCGCCCUCGUCGAGCCUGCGCCUCUCCCUCCGCGAACGCAGGGCCGUACGUAGUACAUACCUGCGUCGUGCCUCGGACGGACGACAUUGGGUGUCAUCAUGGCCCAUCCAAUCCAUACCUAGUGCCUGAGGAAGAUAGCUGUCAGCGCCUGCUAUAGGCACUUGCUCCCGCUCCACCAAGCACAUCCCAUCGUACCGAGCGGACACCCGGACCCUCACAGCGCAAGACCGGGGGUCUUGUCUAAGACGAAGAGAGGUAAACACCCGUGCCUUGGUCGAUCGCACCGGGGGAAAUCUAGGCAGCGACUGGAGGAAGACAGAGAUAUAAGCUGUCCUUGCGCGAGCGAGCCCGUCCCCGCCCGAGUUAUAACGCCCUCGCUCCCAGCUGUUCCCACGAAUAAAGGCAGCCAGCCUCAACGGCAACCAACAAAGCCUCGGAGAUCCUACCACUAGUCCCUCGCCCCUGGCCGAACAGGAACGGUCGAGAACCAUUUGAGAGCAGCUACCGAUGCGUCAGCAACCCUCGUUAUGACAAGUCGACGUCUCAGCUGCGCAUCACAUCGCAUCGAGCACCCGUGCUCUUGAUCAAGCCAGCUCGCCAACCCGGAAACCAUUCCUCCAUUGCUUGUUGAUUCGUGCGCCGCGACAAAUUUCCUAGCACCAUCUUCAUCGUCGUGGCUGACCCGGCUUGUCGAUUGCAGGCUGGUAAGUGGCCCUCUUGUCCAGUAGUGUCCCAGUGGCUUUCGCCAUCAACCACAAACGCCUCAGCGGUGUGCGCUUCUCCAACUCGUCUUGGGUCCGUCCCGCAAAGGUCUGCCAGCUUCAUUUGCUGUUCGAUCAUCUUCUCGCCGCCGCCGCCGCCAGUCGCUGCCUCCCCCCCAUGCCACCACCCACGUCCCCUUCGCGCCGCUGAGGCCGCGAUCGCGAUAAUGACGUCCAGCAAUGCCAGCUCCCGCGAAGCUCACAGGACUUCAGACGGCCCCAGGCCCCAUAGGCGCCCCUCCGGCGCCACGUCCACCACCUCGCCCCGUCCCUCCGCAUCCGCCGCCCGCGACUCGGCCCAGAGCAACGCGACUACCAGCGUCUUUUCGCGCACAUCCACGUCGACGGAUCUGACGGCCAACUCCAGCGCGGCUUCGUCGGCCGGCGGCCUGCUUCCGUCCCGCACAAGUGGAGGCGAUCGCGAUUCCUUUGUCUCCAUUGUCGACGACCCCUUUUUCCAUCGCCUUGGCCCCGCCAUCGACGAGAACGACGCCGAGACACCCCACCGCGAGCCGUCAUCCGAAGACGAAUCUUCCUCGACCGAUCCUUACGAUAGCAAUGACAACGACAAAACCCAGCGCUGGCCGCCUCCACGUCGAGAGUCAUUAACUAUUGGCCCUUCGCAAUAUUACUGGGUAAGCUGCAAAAAGCAACGCGAAUACUGAGAGCGGGUGGACAUGCCCCUCAUGAGCUCUGCUCAUGCCCAGCCAGCCCCUUCGCCGCGAGCAUCCGUCCAUUGCGCGUCGCGCCCCUGCUGGCGACCCGCGCUGACAGGGGUCGGCGGAGGAGCUCCGGCUACAUGGCCCCGGCGCCCGGGGACGCAUGGGUACAAGUCUUGAAAUGCAGGAAAGCUGACGCCUGUCUUCUGCUUGCUUCAGUCCAAAUCAGGCUCCGCCAUGGAAAGCUACAACGUUGCCGUCAUCGGCGCAUCUGCCGUCGGCAAGUCGACCCUCAUACAGCGUGUCUUUGCGCUGCCACGGCCGCCCAUAUCGAACGCCUCGACCGUGCGCCAAGUCGUGGACAAUGUCGCAAUCAUGGUCACACUGCUCGAGCUCGAUCUCGACCACUUCGAGUUCAGCUCGGCCGAAACAAUACAAUGGCCAAAGCAGAUCAACGGCCAUAUCAUUCCUCGGGUGGAUUCGGCAAUGAUUCUUUACGACGUCACCAACAAAGAGUCACUGCUGCCACUUCGCGACGUCGCCACGGCUCUUGCCAACUCUAGCCUUCCCGCCGUUCUUGUUGCCUGCAAAUGCGACGGCGUGGAGGAGGACGACGAGUGGGAGGUCCAACCAGACAAAGUCGCCGUCCACGAUGUCUUCAAAUCGUGCAUAGCUAGCUUCAAAGUGGCCAUCACGAAGCCCGAUGCGUGCCGAGCGUGCUUACAAACUACCUUGAGAGCUUCUAUGUCUAAUCGAAAGGAUGACAACGGCGAGACGACGUCACGAAGACGAGCUCGAUCAGCCGCCAAUCUGGAGGCACCCGACCACACCGGACGACCUCUCAGCCAGCACAGCAAACACAGCCGAGCUAGCUCCGACUUCUCAGCUUUGCGCGGCUUCUCUAAUACACAAGGCGCCGACUCGCAUCGGGCGCAAACUUCGAGGAGUCCGCGGCCAGGUUUUCGAUUCGACAGACCAGGGGGUGAUUCAUUCCUGGAGCUGGAGGAGUCCGAAGGAGACUCGCGCAGAAACUCUGACGACAUUCCGUUACUACAAAGGGGCGACGAUGCAAUUGUGGAGAAGCAGCCGAAGGUUGCCGGUUUCACUUUCGACGAGCUAGUAGACCGGCUGCUUGCAAUGCGGCUGUCCAGGGCCGACAACAACUUCUCUGACAUCUUUCUCUGCCUGUAUCGAAAGUUCGCCGCGCCCGGCGAACUGUUUUCCGCCAUCCUUCUCCGGCUAGAUCGAGUUCGUGACGACAAGACGUCCCACUAUCUCACGAAGACAGCAACGCAACUAAGAAUCAUCGAAGUUGUGGCCAAGUGGGUAUCGCUGUACCCCGGCGACUUCGCUCGACCCACGACGCGCCGCAACUUGGAGGACUUCAUCAAACAUCUUUCGACGGAGCCGGUGUUCUCCUUGGCUUCGCAACAGAUGCGGCGGAAUCUUCAGCUCAACGUGAUUGUCGAUGAUGACACGGGGUGGGCAAACGCCGACGACGCAGGCGAUGAGCUUGCCAGCAAGAUCUUGUCCAAGGAUCUGAACGAGCUGCCGACUGGUGUUGGCGGCCUUCAGCUUGACGAGGAGGCAGGCGGGCGGCCUUCAAACAGCUCCGAGGCUUCGGUUCCUGACAAGGCAAGCACGACAGGGUCGCAGUUCCAGUUCAAGUCGUAUGAGGAGUAUGAGAAGGCGGCAAGCCACUUGGAGCCUACCGACUAUCUGCCCAUGAACAAGUUCCGAUACCACAUCUUCAUGGAUAUGUCGGAUGACGGUAUUGCCGAUGAACUUACCCGCAUCGAUUGGAUCAUGUUUUCGUCUAUCCGCAUCCGCGACUUCGUCCGCCACGUCAGUUUAUCCAGCGCGCAGAAGGAGAAGUGCAAGAGUUUGCGAAAUGUGAACCGCAUGAUCAACCACUUCAACCACAUCGCCAAGUGGGUUGCGAACAUGAUACUGCUCAGGGAAAAGGCAAAACACCGAGCUCAAAUGCUGGCCAAAUUUAUGAACAUUGCCGUCAAGCUGAGGCAACUGAACAACUACAACGGCCUGGCUGCGGUGCUGGCUGGGAUCAACGGGACGGCCAUCCACCGGCUCGCCCAGACGCGAGCUCUAGUGCCACCCGACGUCCAGAAGCGCUUCGCGACGUUAACAAUCUUAAUGGGUACGCAGAAGAGUCAUUUCGCGUACCGAUUGGCGUGGGAAAACUCACCUCUACCGCGGAUACCUUUUAUUCCUCUACAUCGGCGGGAUCUUGUAUCGGCGGAGGAGGGCAGCAAGACGUUCGUGGGACCCAACGGCGAUCGCAUCAACUGGAAGAAGUUUGAGGUGUUGGGGGAAGUCUUACUGCCGAUCAUGAAGAGCGGCGGCACAGCAUACCGAAAUCUCAGCAAGAUUGAGAAUACCCAAGAUCUGAUACUGGGAUGUCGCAUGCCCACAGACGACGAGGAGAUCUACCAGCGGAGCUUGCAGGUUGAAAGCAGUUCGUCUGGCCCGGUGGAGCCGAGCAAGAAGAAGUUUCCUUGGUUUGCUAAGUAAGGCCUUGCGUGAGCCGGACAUGGAUCUGAUACGGUCGGAAGCGGCGUGAUGACUGAAUGAUCUUCGGGACAGUUAUGAAGACCUCAGGCAGGUCGAGAUAUGACGACUUUUCUAGUUGGAAAAGAUAGAUGCAUCGUUUGCGAAGAAUUGAAAGCGAAGCAUCCUGACGGUGCGGCAUU